AUGAGGACCCAGACUAUUGUCCAGGUGGCAGUGGCAGUCGUCCACCUGGAAAUCCAACUGAACAGGAUCAAUCUGACUCAGAAGAUUCCUCUUCUGUGUCUUCUGAAGAAGAAAGUGUCCAAAUCAUGUCCAACAGAAUGUCGGAAGGGCUCUUACUGGAGCGAGUUACCUCCCACCCAGGGCAGAACACAGAGCCACAAUAUACUCAGAAGUCGGUCAGGGCCUGCACAAGGGCUUAGCACCACUGUCUCACCAAAAGAUGCAUGGGAGCUCUUUAUCACUGAUGAUAUAAUACAAGAGGUGAUGAAGUGCACAAACUUGGAAGGACGGAAAGUAGCAACAGCUAGAGGAAAAGAAUGGAAAAAUAUCACCAAAGAUGAAUUCAUGGCCUUCAUUGGAUUGACCCUGCUUGCAGGAAGUGAGAAGAACUGGGAUGUAUCAGUCCGUGAGCUGUUUGGAAGUCCUCUACAUAAUCCCAUGUACAAGGCCACUAUGGCUGUUGGAAGAUUUGAAGACAUUCGCCGUACCUUGCGCUUCGAUGAUAAGAGGACCAGAGCCUUCCGACUGGAAACAGACCAUAUGGCAGCCUUCCGCUAUGUAUGGGACCUGUUCCUGGUCAACUGCAGACAGCGAUUCAUCCCCAGUGAUUGUGUCACUGUGGACGAACAUCUUGUGCCAUUCAGGGGUAGGUUCAAGUUUCUACAGUACAUGCCAAGCAAGCCCGCCAAGUACGGCCUAAAGAUCUUCUGGGUUUGUGAUGCACGCAUUCCCUAUGCAAUAGAUGGUAUAGUUUACACGGGGAGACAACCAGGGGAAGAAGUUCAGAAGAAUCUGGGGGAAAACAUUGUCCAGCAGUUGUGUAGUAGAUUUAGAAACACAGGUCGCAACAUCACCACGGAUAACUUUUUCACCAGUGUGCCUCUGGCGCAGCAUCUCCUGGAGAAGGAUCUCACUAUUGUGGGGACUCAGAUCAAGCCAGACAUCCCUCCUCUGAUGAAGCCUUCCAAGUCCAGGGAGGUUCAUAGCAUAGAGUUUGGAUUCAACGACAGCCUUACCAUGGUCAGCUAUGUCAGAAAGAAAGGAAAAGCUGUUAUGCUCCUGAGCACGAUGCACCACGACAAAGUAGUGGAUGAAAAUAGCAGAAAGAAAAAAACAGAAGUGAUCACAUUUUACAACAAGACGAAAGGAGGUGUAGACACCACUGACCAGAUGGUUGGCACCUACACCUGCAAGCGCCAAACACAGAGGUGGCCCAUGGUGCUGUGGUACAACAUAAUUGAUAUCGCCACCCUGAAUGCCUAUACCUUUUUCACGGCUCAGCACCCAGAAUUCAAGAGCGGCAUCACCAAUGCACGAUGGCUCUCCCUCAAAGAGCUGUCAAAGGAGCUUGUCACACCACACAUGAGGAGUCGACUGGAAGGCUGCCCCCAAAUGCAAACCCCGAUUAUUGAAGCAAUGGAAAGGUGUGGGGUGACAAAAGCCACAACCCAGCAACAGGAAAGAAGCAGACAGGGCCAACCAAAGAGAAAGAGGUGUCAGAUCUGCCCAAGUAACAAAGAUUGCAAAGUCAACAAUAGGAGUGGGAAAUGCAAUGUACCUGUGUGCAAUGAUCACAGCCAGAAACAGGUAGUUUGUCUGAACUGCAUACAGUGA